AUGUUGUACAUUACGGUCAUCUUCUGCCUAGUAGGCAUCACGGUUGCUAAUCCUUCUCAUCUGGAGCUGGAAGCAAAGCCUAAGGAGCACCACCACGAACACUUCGAGCAUAUCAAGAGUAUUGUCCUCACGAAGAAGGUCCCGAAGCCGUACCCAGUGGAAGUAGAGAAGCCCGUACCAUACGAAGUCAAGGUUCCGGUCGACAAACCGUAUCCUGUAUACGUACCAAAGCCCUACCCAGUCUACGUCGAAAAGAAGAUCCCCUACGAAGUCAAAGUGCCAGUUCCCAAGCCUUUUGUGGUAGAGAAGAAAGUACCCUACGAAGUGAAAGUCCACGUGGACAGACCUUAUCCAGUCGAAGUACCUAAACCGUACAACGUGUACGUCGAGAAGAAAGUGCCCUUCUUCGUCGAGAAGUUCGUUCCAUUCACAGUUAAAGUGCCGAUUGAGAAGAAGUAUCCGGUACAUUACCCAGUCGAAAAGAAAAUCCCAUACCCCGUCUACAAAGAGGUCCCGUAUGAAGUGAAGGUACCUGUAGAAAAACCAGUCCCUUAUACUGUUGAGAAACCAGUACCUUACCACGUCGAAAAGCAAGUGCCGUACCCUGUAGUCAAGGAAGUACCUUAUCCGGUCAAGGUACCUUAUAAGGUAGAAAUCAAAGUACCUUAUAAGGUCGAGACUUCCAAAAAUGAAGAGUAUAAGGACUUUGGUAGCAUUGGCCAGGGUUUGUCGCAUUUGUCAUCUGAACAGCAUUUUGAAGGUCAGGAGCAUUCUGGAAUAGGUGAACUUCAUCAUUCGACCAGUUCACAGUAUGGAUCUUCAGAAACUGCAGCUUCUGGAGAAAGUAGCCAUAGUUGGUAA